UUCUUCCCGAAAAAAAAUGUGAAAAAACCCAGAUGAUAAAACUUAACCCUAGCCUCAAAAUUCCACAAAAUUUCGCGAUAAAUCAAACAGAUCUCUCUCUCUCUCUCUUUUCUGCAACUUCCGUCUUACCGUUGAUUAUUCGUUUCUCCAUGUUUGUGUAGCAUCAGUCUACUGCGAAGCGAAUCCCUCCAUAACAUAACUAAUUGUGAAGCAAGUGACCUACUGACUCCAUGACAACUACCCAGACUACAACGAGUCAGCCUAAUAAAGCUAAUGAACGAGCAGCCUCCUCUACUGCCAGCGUUCAAAACUCAGCUUCCUCAUUCAAAAGAUUGGGCAGGAAAUCACCAUUUAUGAGAUAUGGACUUCCUAUGAUCUCACUAACAGUGCUUGGAUCUAUUGGUCUUAGCCAACUUCUGCAAGGCAGCAAGGAUAUAGCUAAAGUAAAGGAUGAUCAAGAGUGGGAAAUCAUAGAAACAAGAAAAGCUCUCUCCCGGUAUGGACCUGUCAAUGCAUAUAACCCCAAAAAAAUAAACUUGGAGGAAGAACUAAAGGCAUUGCAAGAGAAGGUUGAUAUUAAUGAUUAUGAAUAUAAGAAAAUCCCCAAGCCCAAGGAAAGCGAAUAAAAUAAUGUUACUGGGACUCUCUUGUGCAAUAAUUUUGCAGCUCGUUGGCUUCUCUUUUGGAGAGUCAUUUGUCUGAUUUAUCUGCCAGGCAGCUCUUCCAUCCACGAUUUACGUGCUGCAUUCCAUGUUUGAAAUAACGUGGGACUAUCGUAUCAUUUAAGUCCUAUGUUUAACAGUUGAUUUGCCUAGAUAUCCUUCUAUGGUUGUUUGCCCUCCGGGAAGAAUAGAAGUUGUAACACCAAAACUUGCAGUUGUUAUGGCUACAACUUCCUUAGACCUCACUAAUUAACUUCUACAUAAGAGAUUAUUUCUGGUUAGCUCUUGUGACUUGUUCUCCCUUGAAGUUUGUCAACUAUACUACUAAUUCCCCCUUCUAGUUAAGAUUAGCAUGUAAUACUUGUCAAAAAAGGGUCCAUUUUCUAUUUUAAUUUUCUUUUUUAUUAAGUCUUUAUCAGUACGUGUAACUAAAGCAGGUUAUUUUUUCUAAUAUGAUGCAGUAAAAUAUUCGAUUCAUUUCUCAUUA